UAUAAUAAAGGGUAGGGUUCUCUGUGUUUUGCCUUUGGUGUAGCUCUUCCUUCUUUUAUUCGGGAAGAGUUUUGAAAACCAUUCUCUGUUUAUCACAAAAAGUUCUGUCAAAGCACCUCUCCAAAGACAUAGAAGCUCAUACAUAGCUAAAGCUAUGGAUUGUGAAACCCAACACCAAUUGAAUGUUACUUUUCUUCCAUAUCCAACUCCUGGCCAUAUGAAUCCCAUGAUAGACACAGCAAGGUUAUUUGCCAGGCAUGGUGUUAAUGUCACCAUUAUAGCAACCCCUGCAAAUGCUUUAACUUUCAAAAACGCCAUAGACACUGACUUCACCCAUGGCUACCAUAUCAGAACCCAACUGCUUCCGUUCCCUGCAGCCCAGGUGGGUCUCCCUGAAGGGCUUGAAAACAUCAAAGAUGGUGCUUCCCUACAACUGUUGAGUGGAAUUGGUCGUGGAAUAUCAAUGCUCAAAGGUCACAUUGAGCUUCUGUUUCAAGAUCUUCGUCCAGAUUGCAUAGUGAGUGAUAUGUUUUAUCCUUGGACAGUGGAAUCCGCAGCAGAACUGGGUAUUCCAAGAAUCUUCUUUUACAGCUCAAGCUACUUUUCCGACUGUGGAAUUCAUUCUAUCCAGAGGCACAGGCCUCAUGAGAGGUUAGUGUCUGAUACCGACAAGUUUACAAUUCCUGGUUUUCCUCAUAGAAUAGAGAUGACCCCUCUACAGCUAGCAAACUGGGAAAGGGUUAGUGAUAAAGUCACAGACAAUUUUGGGAGAAUGUUUGAAUCAGAGAGAAGAAGCUAUGGAGCACUCUAUAAUAGUUUUCAUGAACUUGAAAGUGAGUAUGAGCAACUUCAUAAGAGUGUAGUGGGGAUCAAAUCUUGGAGUAUUGGACCAGUUUCAGCCUGGGUUAACAAGGAUGAUGGACAAAAGAUCAACAGGGAACACAAGGAGGAGCUUCCUGAAGAGCCAGAGUGGCUAACUUGGCUUAACACUGAGCAGAAUGACUCUGUAAUUUAUGUGAAUUUUGGAAGCCUGACUAGGCUCCAUCAUGCUCAACUUGUAGAACUGGCUCAUGGGCUUGAAAAUUCUGGUCAUAGUUUCAUCUGGGUCAUCAGGAAAAAGGGUGGAAAUGAGAAAGAUAACAGUUUCCUGCAAGAGUUUGAGGAUAAGAUGAAAGAAAGCAAGAAGGGUUUUAUCAUAUGGAACUGGGCACCACAGCUGCUGAUAUUGAAUCACCCUGCAUUAGGAGGCAUUGUGUCUCACUGUGGUUGGAACUCCCUUCUUGAAAGCUUGAAUGCUGGGUUGCCAGUCAUCACAUGGCCUAUGUUUGCAGAACAAUUUUACAAUGAGAGGUUGGUAGUUGAUGUGCUGAAGGUUGGAGUUCCAGUGGGAGCUAAAGAAAACAAGUUUUGGGCAUUCAGUGACGAGGAUAAUGUGGUGGGAAGGGAAGAGAUUGCGAACGCUGUGGUAGAGUUGACGGAGAAAGAAGAGGGCAGAGAAAUGAGAGAGAGAGCAAGAAAACUCAGUGAUGCUUCCAAGAAGACUAUAGAGAAGGGUGGGCACUCUCACAACAACUUGAUUCAGUUGAUACAUGAACUCAAAUCGUUGAAAAUAUCUAAAGCAGUUACAGAAGCAAGUUAGAUAGUUAAAAUGGAGCAGCAAUGUAGUGGCUCUAGGUGUAUCUGGUGAUUUUCUCAAGCCUUUUAAUAAGAUGAAUAAACCACUUACUAGGCUUUGUGAAACUUAGUAUAUUAGAUGAACUUGGAUUCGGUUAGGUUUGUUGUCGUGUUUUGUUGUGCCGCAAGUGCUUUUUUUUUUUUUUUUUCC